AUGCGACUCUCUCCCUCCCUGGCCCUCACGGGCCUCCUCGCCCUCCUCCCAACCCCAGCCUCAGCCGCCAAAACCCCCAAAAACGCCAUCCUCCUCUCAGAAGUCCAAUCCCUCACCCUCCGCGGCGCCGGCGCAAAGACGACGCACCACCGCGUCCCCGCCGCGCCCCAGCUGAAAUGCAUCUCCUCAAGGCCCAUCUGCGACCUCUUUGACAUCGACGUCAUGCGCUGCACCAACAACGGCGCCGGCUACUCGCCCGAAGACAUCCAGUGGUCCUGCGUUGCCUCCUUACCCGAGGAGCUGAAGCUCGGCUCGACGGACGUCCUCUGCGAAGGGUACGCCAACGCCGACGACCCGUACGUCCUGCGCGGCAGCUGCGGCGUGGAGUAUCGUCUCGCCCUGACGGACAAGGGCGAGCGGCGGUACCCGAACCUGGGCAAGGGCCGCGGCGGCGGUGGUGAGACAGACUGGGGAGCCUAUCUUUUCGGCUUCAUCUUCCUCGCCGUUCUGGCUUGGAUCAUCUACUCGGCGUGCGUGGCUGGUGCUGAGAACCGAAGGACUGGUGGCGCCGGUCGCCGCCGUGGAGGAGGCGGCGGCGGCGGCGGCGGGCCCGGAGGUGGUGGCGGCGGCGGAGGCGGUUGGAAUCCUGGCUUCGGUCACGAUGACGACCCUCCCCCGCCGUACCCAGGCACCAAGCCUUCCGGCUCGAGCGGCCAGCAACCAUGGCGCCCUGGGUUCUGGACUGGCACGGGUGCUGGCGCUGCCGCAGGUUACGGAGCGGGUUACUACCAGGGCAGGAACAGCGCGCGGAACCAACAAAAUUACGGAACGGGAUGGGGCGGCGACACCACAAGCAAUUCUUGGGGAGGCGGCCCUUCAAGGUCAACCAGCUCCUCGUCGAGCUCGGCGCGUCACGAAAGCACCGGGUUCGGAUCUACCAACAGGAGAUAG